CUAUGUGUACGCAGUAGGAGAAAGGGAAGACCAGCCGGGGUACUUUGGAGGAUUUAAAACAUUUUUGAAGGAUACCUUGUAAAUCUAAAGAUGAAGAUUGUCUAAAGAUAAACAGAGAGAGAGCAUGAUUCACCUGCUUCCAGAAGAGUCCCCAUGGACCAGGAGACGACACUGUGAGUGUGUUUGUGAUUGGUCCUCGCACCGGUCCUGCCGACGUGAGACCUCUCGCCGGUGUGCCGCCAUGUUGCACCGCGCAAUUCUUCGACUAGUCGCCUGCUGACCGCGACCGGGCUAACGUCAGCUUUAUGAAACAUGAACUGAAUUCGAAUGACUUCUCGUGUUGUUCUUCCAAUUUUUUUUUAAUUCCCUCCCCCCUGGUUCCUUUUUGGUUCCAAAACAAAAGUUGCCCUCCCUUUGCCAAUUGAGGAAUUAAUCAAGAAGAAUUGAAAAAAAAGUCCCACUCACUUCUGGCAGCCGCGUCGGUAGUUUGGUAGUUUCAUCUUUCCGUGAUACCACUUUUUUUAAUUUUGGUUUAUUAUCCUUGGUCGAAUCCCAAUCUCAAAGUGAUUCUUGGUGCGUGGCAGUGUGUGAGAAGAACCACGGGGGUGUGCGAUGGCGCUGGCUGCGGAAUCGCGGCGGCCCUGCACCGUCGCUUCCGGUGGUGAUCGUGUAAUCGGAAGUAGCGGAGGCUCCUACUUCCGAAGAAUCAGGACAUCUAGUCUUAUCGUUCUUGGAAUCUUUCUUCUUUCACGUGUGGCUACUAUCAGUGCCAUUAAAGAAAUCGGCGAUGGAGUUGGCUGUCCGAUGGGAAUGUUCAGAUGUUCUGAAGGAAAGUGCAUCCCAUCCCUCUGGGUCUGUAACUAUCAAAAGGAUUGCGAUAAUGCGGAGGACGAGUUUCAGUCAUGCCAACCGCCUGAGUGCGAGGUUGGACAAAUCACGUGCGGCCAGUAUAUCUUUAAUAAAACUUACUGCAUACCUCCCCAUCAGAAAUGUGACAUGACAGUAGAUUGUGUUGAUGGCACCGAUGAGGCCGGAUGUAAUUACAGGAAAUGUCAGACUGAGGACUUCAGGUGUAGCGGAACGACACCUGAGCUCUGUAUACCAAAAGAAAAACGAUGUGACGGUUAUUUGGACUGUCGAAACGGAAAAGACGAAGAUGACUGUCCGACUUCAAAUCCUCCAUGUAGACUUGAUCAAUUCAGAUGUAAUACAACGCAACAUUGCGUGGAACAAACUGCAAGAUGUAAUCACAGAGACGAUUGUGGUGAUAAUAGUGACGAAGCACAUUGCAAUUUUCCAGAUUGUACUGCAGAUCAAUUUCGAUGCGCAAAUGCACUUUGCAUACCAGCGUCUUAUAAAUGCGACGAUUACAGGGAUUGUGGCGAUGGAUCUGAUGAAGAGAAUUGUCCGCAAGUGGAAUGUCCCGAUUCGAAAUUCUUAUGUCCUAAAGGUUCUCCAGGUGGGAAGCCAAAGUGUAUCAACAAAACGCAAUUGUGUGAUGGCAAACAAGAUUGUGAAGAUCGAGCUGACGAAUUAACUGCUUGUUCAACAAUUCUUUGCAAUAGUUUAGGAUGUCAACAUAAAUGUCAAGCCUCUCCAGCCGGAGGUGUUUGCUCUUGUCUAGAGGGACGAAUACUCGCAAAUGACUCGAGAUCUUGCAUUGACAGAGACGAGUGCUCGGAAUGGGGUUUUUGUGAGCAACUUUGCGAAAAUACUGAUGGCUCUUAUAUAUGCAGUUGCGCUCCUGGUUUUGAGUUAACUGGAAAAAAUUCUUGUCGAGCAUUAAAAACAAGUUCACCACUUGAAUUAUUAUUGGCGCAAGAUCGAACAAUUUGGCGAAUGGAAGCAUCAGGUCAGAAUCGAAAAUUAGUUGCCAACACAACAGGAGCGAGUGGUGUUGAUUUUCUCUACAAUCGAAAUCUUCUCUUUUGGAGUGACACGAAAACAAGGAAAAUACAUUCACAAUCACUAAGUGGAAAUCAAGCGAAUUCGGACGUAGAUAUUUCAUUGCCAGGAUCAUGGGUACCAGUAGCAAUAGCCGUCGAUUGGGUUGGCGAGAAACUCUAUGUUGUUGAUUCGAUAGUGCAAAAAAUUGAUGUCUUUGAAUUGGAUGGACGAUUUCAUGGUAUUGCAUUAGGAUCAAAUCUCACUAGUCCUGCGGAUAUUUCACUCGAUCCAACGAGGGGUUUAAUGUUUAUUGCUGACAGUAAACAAGUUCUAAGGGCCAAUAUGGAUGGUACUAAUACGAUGGCUAUCAUUUCGGAAGCUGCGUAUCGUGUCACCGGUGUGUCUGCUGAUAUUAUUGCUAAAAGGAUUUAUUGGUGUGAUUCACUAUUGGAUUACAUUGAAACGGCUGAUUAUAUGGGUCGUAAUAGAGUUAUGAUUCUUCGUGGAACUCUAGUUCCAGCUCCGAUGAGACUCACUCUGUUUGAGAAUAAGGUUUUCUGGACUGACACAACGAAGCAGGCAGUGUUGAGUGUCGAAAAAACUGUCGGCGAAUUUUCGAUUUUAAAUAUUUUUAAAGCCAAAGAUCCAAAAGCUGUGAAGGCACUUCACGCCUCUGUUCAACCGUCGGUUCCGAAUCCUUGCGGAAUUAAUAACGGUGGCUGUCAGCAUAUGUGUAUCGUCACGGCAGCGGCUGAUCGAGAUUCAGGAUUGGCCUAUCGCUGCGCUUGUAACAUUGGCUCGAGACUGGCGGACGAUCUCCGAAAUUGUCAGCUCGUUCGACAAUUUCUCAUGUACUCACAGCAGAGAUUUAUCAAAGGUCGUGUUCUCGAUCCAGCAAUGGAAGGUUUCAGUGACGCAAUUUUGCCGGUUGUUUCCAGACGAGCUCGAUUUGUCGGUUUGGAUUUUGACGCUCGUGAUCAGUACAUCUAUUACAGUGACGUACUUCAAGAUGUGAUUUAUCGAGUUCGCCAAAAUGGAACCGGUAGAGAAAUUGUGCUCGCCAGUCAAAACGAGGGAGUUGAAGGUUUAGCGGUCGAUUGGGCGUCUAAGAAUUUGUACUACAUUGAUUCACGGAAAGGAACUUUGAAUGUCCUCAGCACGAGGAAUAUCACAUAUCGUCGUACUUUACUCAAACAUCUGAAACGACCACGAGCUAUUGUAAUACAUCCAAAUCAGGGAUUUAUCUUCUUUUCGGAAUGGGACAGACCGGCGAAUAUAAGCAGAGCUCGUGCUGAUGGAUCGAAUCUAGUUGUAUUCAAAAAUCUCACUCUCGGCUGGCCUAAUGGUCUCGCCAUCGAUUUCGGCAAAGAUCGACUCUACUGGUGUGAUGCGUUACUCGAUCAUGUACAACAUUCCAAUUUGGAAGGCACUGACGUGAAAACUGUGAAUUCAAGGCUUAUUAGACAUCCCUUCUCCAUUGCCAUUUACGAAGAUUGGAUGUACAUCACUGACUGGAGAUUGGAUGCGAUUAUUCGAUUACACAAGGAAACUGGUGAGAAGGAAGUUGUUCUUGUUCGCGAACCGGACACGAAUCGACUCUAUGGAGUGAAGGUUUACAGUCCUGAUAUUCAGAAACCACACACUGAUCAUCCUUGUACGAUAAAUAAUGGAGGAUGUGAAAAACUUUGCUUUGCAGUACCACGAAAUAGUAGCUCAAGAUUUUUACCCUCACGAUUAACGAGAGUUUGCGGUUGUCCUUAUGGUGAGAAACUUCGCGAUGAUGAGAUUUCGUGUGUUGAGGAUCCUGAAGCCGAACCACCAGUACAGGCUUGUCCAAAUACUUGGGAUUUUACAUGCGCGAAUCAACGUUGUGUUCCACAAUCCUGGGUGUGCGAUGGUGACGACGAUUGUUUGGAUAACAGCGACGAGAUGCAAAAUUGCACAAAACCGACUUGCGGCACCAACGAAUUCCAAUGUAAAUCUGGGAAAUGUAUUCCAUUGAAUUUCCGUUGUGAUGCAGGCAACGAUUGCGGUGAUUUCAGUGACGAGAUUGGUUGUCCUAAUGUGACAUGCGGUAGUGAUCAAUUCACAUGCAAUAAUAAUCGUUGUAUUCCAAUUGCUUGGAAAUGUGACUCGGAAAAUGAUUGCGGUGACAGUUCGGACGAGGGUGACUUUUGCGCUGCUAAAACUUGUUCGUAUUCACAAUUCACGUGUCCACGUUCAGGUCAUUGUAUACCAAAGUCAUGGGUUUGUGAUGGCGACAAUGAUUGUUUCGAUGAUCAGGACGAGAAGAAUUGUCCGCCAAUCACGUGUCUCAGCAGUCAAUUUGCCUGUGCGGAUCAGAAAACGUGUAUCAAUGUUUCAUACAAAUGUGACGGUAUUGACGAUUGCCACGAUAGGAGCGAUGAAAUUGAUUGUCCAGCUUUCUCAGGGAAUCAAUGUAAUCCCGAGACACAAUUCCAGUGUGUUCGUUCGAAAACUUGUGUACCAAAGAGUUGGUAUUGUAACGGUUCACCAGACUGCGAUGACAAUUCGGAUGAGCCUGAGUCAUGCUCCGAUGUGGGCUGUCAACCAGGAUUCUUCAGAUGUAAUAAUCAUCGCUGCGUGUUCAAGACUUAUAUCUGCGAUGGAAGAGACGACUGUGGAGAUGGAUCAGAUGAGAGUAUUGAAUUGCACGCUUGCAAAGCACCCGAAUUUAAAUGUCCGUCGAAUCAGUGGAAGUGUCCGAAUAGUACUAAGCAGUGUAUCAAUAUAACUAGUGUUUGCGAUGGUAAACCUGAUUGUCAGAAUUCAGCCGACGAGGGAUUCAAUUGUAUUUUGGCUGAGUGCACACAUCAAGAUGGACUUUGCACUAAUGGUUGUAUUCAGACUCCUUUCGGUGCGGAGUGUACUUGUCCACCUGGUGAAGAACUCGGUAGUGAUGGAUUUACUUGUCAAGAUUUGAAUGAAUGCGAUCCACCAGGGAAAUGUUCGCAAGUUUGUAUCAAUACGAAAGGCAGCUACUAUUGCAAUUGCGUUGAUGGCUACGUCUUAGAACGAGAUAAACAUACUUGUAAGGCAUUGAAUCACAGUGCAGCGUUUCUUAUUAUUUCUAAUCGUCACACGAUUCUAGUUGCUGAUCUGCAGGAUCAAGCUCUCGAACGUGUGCCAAUUAAUGUUGAGAAUGUUGUUGCGACAUCGAGUAACAUGCACACGGGCACGAUCUUUUGGUCUGACAUGAAGUUGAAGAAAAUUUCGCGAUUAGAUCGUAGCAGUGAUCCGCAAGAUAUCAUAUCGACAGGAUUGGAUCUAGUCGAGGGGUUGGCGUAUGAUUGGAUUGGACAGAAUCUUUAUUGGUUGGAUUCAAAGUUAAAUACGAUUGAAGUUUCCAAAGAGACGGGUGCAAAUCGUUUGGUUCUUGUCAAGGAGAAUAUAACGCAGCCGCGUGGAAUGUGUUUGGAUCCGAGUCCCGGUGCUCGAUGGCUCUUCUGGACCGAUUGGGGCGAGAAUCCACGAAUCGAAAGAAUUGGCAUGGACGGCACUGAGAGAUCGAUUAUAAUUAAUACGAAAAUUUACUGGCCGAACGGAUUGGCUCUUGAUAUUGCCAAUAAGAGGGUUUAUUUUGCUGACAGUAAACUCGAUUUUAUCGACAGUUGCCUCUACGAUGGAAGUAGUCGAAUUCAAGUUCUAGCCGAUUCGCAUUAUUUACUACAUCCACAUUCGUUGACUCUUUUCGAAGACAUCAUGUAUUGGACUGAUCGCCAACUGAAUCGAGUUCUAUCUGCUCACAAAUUUCACGGAAUCAAUCAAACUGUUGUCUCUCAUUUGAUUUCACAACCACUUUCGAUUCAUGUUCAUCAUCCGGUGCUGCAACCAAUCACUACGAAUCCUUGCGCGAAUGCCUCGUGCUCACAUCUCUGUCUUCUUUCACCGAAAGCGCCGAAUGGCUACAAUUGCAAGUGUAUUGUUGGAUACAAACUGUUGUCUGAUGGCCGCUGCGUGGAGGAGGAAAAUGCGUAUCUGAUGGUACUCCGUGGAACACAGAUCAUUGACGUUUCAUUGGUACCGGGUGACAUGAAAACUGGAUACAUCACUCCUGUGGUUGCCGUUGAGAAUGGACGAUUUAUCGAUUAUGAUAGGACUGAUCAUAUUAUUUAUUGGCUACAAGGAAAGGAUGGUGAUGAUGAGAAUGGUACCAUUUACACGACUCCGUACGGAGGUGGAAAUAGAACUGAAUUCCCAAAUCCGAAUGGAGACACAGGAAUCGUUGGAUCACCGUCAACACUCGCGUUCGAUUGGCUUGGAAGGAAUUUGUUCAUUGGUAAUAAAUACGCUUCGAACAUCGAGGCAAUUAAAGUCGAUGGUCCCAUCAGAUAUAGGAGUAUUGUAUUGUCAAAUGAUGGAAAGAACACGAGUGUCGCUAAACCGAGAUCAAUGUGCGUUGAUCCACUUGAAGGUCAUGUGUUUUGGGUAGAUGAGGGUGGUUUUGGUGUUCCUGUGAAAAUUGGCAGGGUCAAUAUGGACGGAACGAACGCAAUGAUUCUUCUCUCGAAUCUUGAUAAUCCUGAAGCAAUAACAAUAGACAUACCAAGCAAAACAGUCUAUUUCAGUACCUCGAGAGCGAUAAGAUCAAUGGGAACCGAUGGUCAAAAUCUCCGAACUAUUCUCACUGAGAUUAACAAUUUGAUCCUUCCGAAAGCACUUGCCGUCCAUGACAAUAAACUCUACUAUUUGGAUCCAAAAUACGAAAAAAUAGAACGAGUCAAUCUACCAAAUGGUGAUAACCCAACUUUGAUCAUGAACGGAGAAGUUGAUUUGAAGACGCUUACUAUUUACAAAAAACGUGCAAUUGGCUCACACUCGUGUCUCGUGAUUAAUGGAGCCUGUGAUCAGCUUUGUCUUCCAUCAGCCGGUGGAACGAGAGUUUGUGAUUGCGGCGUAGGCUAUAGAAAAACAGGAGAGCAUCGAUGUGAACCUUUCAAGACAUUUGCAGUCGUCACUCAGCUUGACGUUGUUCGCGGUUACAGUUUGACUGAUUCCAAAGAGGCAAUGGUUCCAAUCGCCGGAAUUGGUCAUCAUAUUUUACACGUGGAUGUGCAUUAUGCAAACAAUUGGAUUUACUGGGCGGAAUUUAAUCGUGGCUAUUGGAAUGGAAUCUUCCGUGUGCGACCUAAUGGUACACAAUUGGAACACAUUGUGAAAAGUGGCGUUGGAUCGAAUGGAAUACGAGGAUUGACAAUUGACUGGAUCGCUGGCAAUGUGUACUUUGCCAAUGUCUUUCCACAUGAUAAUUAUGUGGAAGUUUGUCGCCUUGAUGGAAGCAAUCGGAAAGUUUUGGUCAAAACAACGACAGAUGCUCCACGAGAACUUGCCGUUAAUCCCAUCAAGAGAAUCCUUUAUUGGAUUGACUAUGGACAAUAUCCGAGAAUUGGAAGAGCAAAUUUGGACGGCAGUAAUUGGACAACAUUAAUCACAAGUGGAAUCAGCACUCCUCGUGAUUUGACAAUUGACGUUACCACGAACGACGUCUAUUGGGUUGAUUCCAAGCGUGAUAUGAUUCAGAAGGUCUCCUAUUCAGGCGGUAAUCGGGAAAUCAUUAGACAAAAUUUGCCAAAUCCAAUUGGACUAGCAAUUUUCGGUCCUGAUAUGUAUUGGGUAGAUCGUAAUCUCGAUACCGUUUUCAAAGCAAGUAAACUCGCUGGUAACUACAGUCUUCCAUCAUCAAUGAGAACAAAUCUUCAGAAAUUGAGAGAUAUCGCAAUUUUUGAUCAAUCCGUUCAACCGAUGGACGAGAGUAAUCCCUGUGCACGAAAUUCCAAUGGUGGUUGUGAUCAACUCUGUUUUGCUCUUCCACCAGAGAGUCACAUGCAAGUCAAGUGCGAUUGCGCCACAGGAAGAUUGGCAUCAGAUGGCAAAAGAUGUGAAAAUGUGGACGAAUUCCUUGUCUUUGCCACAAGAACUGAAAUUCGUGCUAUCAAUUUAGAUCCAAAAUCUACGAACGUUCCAUUCAAACCUAUUGGUAAUUUGACAAAUGUCGUUGGUGUUGAUUUUGAUUAUCAGGAUAAAAAAUUAUUCUUCACACAAAUUCGACCCUGGGCGAUGAUUGCCUGGCUCAAUUCAGACAAUCCAUCAUCGAUGAAGCCCGAGAAGAUCAUCAGUAAAGGCAUCAAUCCCGAGGGAAUCUCUUACGAUUGGACACAGAGAAAGGUCUACUGGACCGACUCGUCAAAUAAUAGUAUCUACGCAAUGAAUAUCGAUGGUAAGGAUUUGGUGAUGAUUGCGAGAGUCGAUCGACCGAGGGCAAUUGUCGUUGAUCCUUGUAAUGGAUCAUUGUACUUUACCGAUUGGGGACGUUUCGGUACAUCGGGCAAAAUCUUUAGAACAAGCAUGGCGGGAUCUUUGAAGAAAGCCAUCAUUGACAAGGAUCUUUCGCAACCGAGUGGACUUGCAAUUGAUUAUGAGGAGAGAAUGCUCUACUGGACCGAUGCUGUUCGCGAGAAAAUCGAGAGAUCUGAUCUCAAUGGUAAAAAUCGUCAAGUUCUUAUCGCGGCUACAAUUUAUCCAUUUGCAAUCACAGUGUUCAGAGAACACAUCUAUUGGACUGAUCUUCAACUCCGAGGGGUUUAUCGUGCCGAAAAGAAUACGGGAGCAAACAAAGUGGAAUUAGUCAAGCGCCUUGAAGAUUCUCCCCGAGAUCUUCAUAUUUACUCCCCCGGUAGGCAGCAAUGUAAAGUGAAUCCUUGCAACAUCAAUAACGGAGGCUGUGAUCAAUCCUGUCAUCCAGGUCCGAGCGGCGUUGCUGAAUGCAAAUGUGACGACAAUAGCCGUCUAGUCAAUGAGGACAGAAUGUGUGUUUCGAAGAAUGUCACCUGUGAUGGUAAUAAAUUCGCCUGCAGAAAUGGUCGAUGCAUCUCGAGAAUGUGGGCCUGUGAUGGUGACAAUGAUUGUGGUGAUGGCUCUGAUGAAGAUACGAAUUAUUGUUCCUAUCAUUCUUGCAGUCCCAAUGAAUUCCGAUGCAACAAUGGUCGUUGUAUCUUUAAAUCGUGGAAAUGUGAUCACGAGAAUGAUUGUCGUGAUGGUAGCGACGAGGAGGGUUGCGUCUAUCCUCCAUGCGCUGCUGGCGAGUUCACUUGUGCCAAUUAUCGUUGCAUUCCACAAUCGCAAGUUUGCAAUGGUGUUAACGAUUGCAAGGAUAAUGUCACAUCCGACGAGACACACGAACGUUGUCCAAGGAACACCACUUGUCCGGCUAAUCAUUUGAAAUGCGAGAAGACAAAUAUUUGCGUGGAGCCUUACUGGCUCUGCGAUGGUGACAAUGAUUGCGGCGAUAACAGUGACGAGAAUCCACUUCAUUGCGCUCAAAGAACAUGUCCACCAAACAGUUUCCGCUGUCCGAAUCAUCGAUGCAUUCCUGCUACUUGGUACUGCGACGGGGAUGACGAUUGCCUCGAUGGUAGUGAUGAACCACCGGGUUACUGUCAGUCCGAGGGAAGAACAUGUUUCGGUGAUCUUUUCACCUGCGACAAUGGGAAUUGCAUUCCGCGAAUCUAUAUCUGCGAUGGUGAUAAUGAUUGUCUGGAUAAUUCCGAUGAAGAUGAGAGACAUCAGUGUAAUGAUCGGAAAUGCGACGAGGAAACUGAGUUCACUUGCACGGCGAAUAAACUCUGGAAUCGUGCACAGUGCAUUCCGAAAAAGUGGUUGUGCGACGGUGAUCCUGAUUGUGUAGACGGUGCUGAUGAGAAUGUAACCCUGCAUCAUUGCCCAGCACCGACACCUUGUUCAGAGAAUCAAUUCGCCUGCACAAACGGUCGGUGUCUCAAUAGAAGUUGGCUCUGUGAUCAUGACAAUGAUUGCGGUGAUGGUAGCGAUGAGGGUAAGUUCUGUCACAAUCGAUACAAGACAUGUACGGAAAAUGAAUUCACUUGUCAGAAUUUCAAAUGUAUCAGAAAACAGUUCCAUUGCGACGGUCAAGAUGAUUGUGGUGAUUAUUCGGAUGAAGUUAAUUGUCCAUCGAAGAAGAAGAACAGCACGUGUCCGAAUCCUGGAGAGUUUAUGUGUGCAAAUGGAAAUUGUAUUGAUCAACAACUGGUUUGUAAUAAGGAACCGGAUUGCGCUGAUGAAAGUGAUGAGCCAGCUCACUGUAAUGUUGAUGAAUGCGCUCGAGUUGAAUUGAAUCAAUGUGGACAUCGUUGUGUUGACACUCCGACGAGUUACUAUUGUGAAUGUAAUCCUGGUUAUAAACUUUUGGAUGAUGGAAAAGCUUGUGCUGACAUUGAUGAAUGUAUCGAGACACCUCAGGUUUGCAGUCAACAGUGUGAGAAUACACCUGGUCAUUUUUACUGCAAGUGCAAUGAGAAAUAUUAUGAGCGUGCGGCUGAUGAACACACGUGCAAGCGACGAGAUAAAAUUCCACCGUGGGUUAUUUUUACAAACAAAUAUUAUGUGAGAAAUAUGUCAGCGGACGCGAAACAAUAUGCACUGAUGCAUCAGGAUUUGGUUAAUGUCGUCGCACUUGAUGCUGAUUAUGCCGAGGAAAUGUUAUACUUCUGUGAUGUGACUGCUAAGACAAUUUAUCGUGCACCAAUCGCUGGUGGUGAGAGACAGGCAAUCAUUCGCCAUGAUAGUCUUGGUUUGGAGGGAAUUGCGAUCGAUUGGGUUGGAAGAAAGCUUUAUUGGCUGGAUAGACACGCGAAGCAUUUGGAUGUUGCCGAAUUGAAUGGAACAAAUAGAAAGACUCUACUUAGUGGAAUUUCGGAUCCAAGAGCUAUUGUUGUUCAUCCGGGUACUGGACAUUUGUAUUUCACGUCUUGGCAUCUUCAGGCGUAUAUUGGAAGAGUGGGAAUGGAUGGAAGUAACUUAAAACAGAUUCUCAAUUGGGAGGAUGAUAUCGCUUGGCCGAAUGCUUUAACAAUUGACUAUUUUACCGAUCGAAUAUUCUGGGCUGAUGCUCAUCUUGAUUACAUUGCUUUUGCCGAUUUGGAGGGCAAAAAUCGACGAAUUGUACUUUCUGGAGCUAAAGUUCCACAUGUUUUUGCGAUGACUGUCUUUGAUGAUCACAUCUAUUGGACCGAUUGGAACUUGAAGGCUAUCAGCAAGGCUGACAAAUUCUCAGGUGCUCAAAUUACACUUUUGAGAAAUACGACUCAUAGACCUUAUGAUAUUCAUGUGUAUCAUCCGUUACGUCAACUUCCCUAUCCAAAUCCUUGUGCGCAAAAUAAUGGCGGCUGUUCGCAUUUGUGUUUAAUUUCUCCUCCAGCAAGUUCAUAUUUAUUGGAAGGCUACGGUCGUCCUGGAAUGACAUCGUUCAAAUGUAUGUGUCCCAAUCAGUUUAUUUUGGAUAAAGAUAAUAAAACCUGCAUUGCGAAUUGUACGACUGGUCAACAUCGAUGUGGCGCACCUGAUGAGAAAUGCAUACCUUGGUUCUGGAAAUGUGACGGUGAAAAAGAUUGUAAAGAUGGUACAGAUGAGAGCAGUUGUCCAGCGAGAACUUGUCGAGCUGGAGUAUUUCAGUGUGCGAAUGGAAAUUGUGUUCCGAGUAACAGCGUUUGCGAUGGUAUCGACGAUUGUAAAGAUAACAGCGAUGAAGGCAAUUGCUCAUUGGAAUGUUCCGCUUUGGAGUUCAAAUGUAAAUCAAGUGGACGCUGCAUUCACGAAUCUUGGAAGUGUGACGGUGACGCUGAUUGUAAAGACGGAAGUGAUGAAGAUCCAGCAAUUUGUCACAAUAGAACGUGUGAUCCGAACACUGAAUUCAGUUGCAAGAAUGGCAAAUGUAUACCGAAAUUAUGGAUGUGCGAUUUCGAUAAUGACUGUGGUGACGAUAGCGAUGAACCUGCAUUCAUGUGUCGACAGAGAAAUUGUACAACAGGAUGGCAACGUUGUCCAGGUCAAGCGAAUUAUCGUUGCAUUCCCAAAUGGCUAUUUUGUGAUGGUAAAGACGAUUGUCGUGACAAUUCGGACGAAAAGCCAGAAAGUUGUCCCGCUUGUGACAACAAUACGGACUUUAAAUGCGCAAACAAUCGAUGCGUUCCCAAGCAAUGGCUGUGCGAUUUUGCUGACGAUUGCGGCGAUGGCAGUGACGAGGCUGAGGCAAUUUGCAAGGACAAAUAUCGUAAAUGUUCUGAAUCAGAAUUUCAGUGCAAAAACGGCAAGUGUAUUGCUUCUAGGUGGCGAUGUGAUCACGAAGACGAUUGCGGUGACUCGAGCGAUGAACGAGAUUGUCAGAAUUUCAAGUGCAAGAAUGACACGUAUCAAUGCAACAGUGGCCACUGUAUUGCAUCUUAUUUACGAUGCGAUGGCGCAAGAGAUUGUCACGACUUCAGUGAUGAAAUUGGAUGUCCCGCAAGAUAUCCUGGUGGAAAAUACUGUCCACAAACACACUUCCAAUGCGAUAAUAAUCUCUGCAUUUCACUUAAUGACAGAUGUGAUGGAACUGACGAUUGCGGUGACGGCUCCGACGAAAGUAUUAGCAUGUGUGCAACGUUCCCGUGCGAUCCGAUACGAAGAUUCUUAUGUGCCAAUCAUAAAUGUAUUCCCAAGUAUCAACUUUGUGAUGGCGUUGACAAUUGUGGAGACGGUUCGGAUGAAAAUAACAUGACUAUGUGCGCGGCCAGGAUUCGAACUUGUGAUCCAAUUUCGGAGUAUCAGUGCGCCAACAAACAUUGUAUCGACCGUUUGAGAGUUUGCGAUUUGACUGACGAUUGUGGAGACAAAUCUGAUGAAUUGGGAUGUCAUGUAAACAAACAAUGCUCGGAUCAUGAUAGAGGCGGUUGUUCGCACUAUUGUCAAAAUAUCACUGACAAUCGAUACAUAUGUGCCUGUUAUCCUGGGUAUAUCAUUUCAAAAUUGAAUAAUAAGCAUUGUGAGGACAUUAACGAGUGUUUAGAAGGUACACAUCAAUGUUCGCAAUUGUGCACAAAUCUUAAUGGAACUCACGCUUGCUCGUGUCGUCAAGGAUUCAAACUCUCGGAUAAUAUCAGUGGAGUGUGUCGUGCAGAGGAAGUCAAUGCAUUGGUAAUUUAUGCAAAUGGCCCUGAAAUUCGGGCACUCGAUAUCCAUAAACGCGACGAAAUACCCGUAAUAACGAAUGAGAAACGUGUAAGUGCCAUUGAUUUUGAUCCACGAAAAGAAUAUGUCUAUUGGAUCGAUGGACAUGAUAAUCGAAUUAAACGUUCAUUCAUGAUUCACGCAAAUAAUGGCGACGCUAAAAUUGGAUUUGCCCAAGACCUUAAUAUUCAGUCACACAAUUAUAGAGCAACAAGUCUGGCAAUUGAUUGGGUGGCUGAGAAUCUCUAUUGGACGGAAGUCGACGAGACGAGUUCGCGUCUUGAAGGACGAGUUGUUGUGGCAAAAUCUGAUGGAAGAUAUCGACGUAGUAUCGCUCAAGUGGAAGAACCAACUGCUGUUGUUGUUGAUCCUCAGUUAGGAAUUUUAGUUUGGGCUGACGCUGGUUCAUUAUCGAAAAUUGAGGGCGCCUGGAUGGAUGGCAGUAAACGGAGAGUUUUAGUGUCCGAUCGACUGGGAAGACCGUCAGCGCUUGCUAUUGAUUAUGCAAUGGAUCACACACUUUAUUGGGCCGACAGUAAAUUAAAUACCAUUGAAUCGAUUCGAUUGUAUGGUGCCAACCGACGUGUGAUAUUAAAAGGCGCAAUGUUGAAGCGUCCGGUGUCAAUCGAUGUGUUUGAGAAUAUUUUAUAUUGGACAACGAGAAAUAGUGGCGAACUGAUUAGACAGGAUAAAUUUGGACGUGGUGUUCCACAUACAGUGAAAGCGAAUUUGGAAACUACUGGUGGCGCAAAAAUUUAUCAUCGACUCAGAUACAAUACAACAUUGAUUGAUCCAUGUGUCUCAUCGGGAUGUACUCAUCUUUGUGUGGCAAUUCAUGGUGGACAUAGAUGUCUUUGUCCGGAAAAUAGUCGACCAAGAGAAGCGCACACGAGUCAAAUACAUUGUGACGCUACAGAGGAGAGACCAAAACCAGCGCCGAGAAUUUGUCAAUGUCAGAACGGUGGUUUCUGCUCGGAAGCUGAAAAUAAUGAAUUGAUAUGCGAGUGCCAAAAUGAUUAUCAAGGCCAGUAUUGCGAGGUGCUUCCGGCUUCGACGCGAUCUGGAAGUUCCACUGCCGCCAUUGUUGUUCCUAUCGUUGUUUCUAUCUUGGUGUUGCUUGGUGCCGCUGCCGUUAUUCUCGUUCUCAAGAAACGGCCGUUUGGUAAACCAGGUGGACUUGCCAGUCUAACCGGUGCUCAAAGCGUCUCCUUCAGACAAGGAAGUAAUGUCGAGUUUGGCGGAUCAUCGACAGAGCGAAUGGAGCCACUCGACGUAGAAUACAACCUUACUGAAGUAAACACCAAAAACAGAGACUUUAGUAAUCCAAUGUACGACGCUGUAAAUUUGGAAACUGGUAAUACUAAUGGAACCAGUGGCAGCGGUAUUUACGAAGUUCCUGCGGAAAUGAAACCUUCCAGUAUACAACACAAAGAAGCACCGCAACUUCACUUUAAGAGACGCGAGUUAGAUCCAACGCCCAUCGAUUCGGGUAAAGACACUCAACAAUUAGUGGAAGAGGACAAGUCAGAGUGUUAGUUUAAAAAAGUACUUUUCCAUCAAUUACUAUUGUGCCUUUGAUCUUGAAUUUAUCAACGUGCACUCAAAAAAACCAAUUAAAAAAAUGAAAAGAAAAGAAAAAAGAAGAGAAUACUCGAGAACUCUAGUAAGUGAAGUUGCUUGAAUUUUGAAAAGCAAUUGUGAUUGUAAUCGCUUUUAAAUGAGUUUUAGAGCGAAUGGUGAACGUUUUAAAUAAGUUUUUUAUACAAAAGAUUUUAAAUAAUGUUUUUUCUUUUAAUUUUUACGUUUUUAAUCAAAGUUUUUAUUCAAAUAAACGGAUCAACGUGAGAAUUUAGAAUUUUUUUCUCAUUAUAAAGUGUCAUAAAAAAUACCCUUGUUGGUACCGUUUUUUGUAAUUUCGAAAUCAUUCAAAACUCGGAUAAAUCUGACAUUUAAUCUAUAAAAGUGCUUUUUUAUUUCGUUACAUACUUAUAUAAUAUUUUACAUAAUAGAUUAAAGUUUUUUAAGCAUUUCAUUCUAAAGUACUACACAUUAGAAAAGAAAAGAAAAGAAAAAAAAACGAAAAAUUGUUCAAUAAAAUUGACAAUGAAAUGGCAGAUUUUCCCGAGAGAAAUGAAAAUUGUCUUAUAAUAUAAAGAGGACCAGACAAUUUUUAUUUAAUAAUUAUAAUUAUAAUAAGAUGUAAAGGUAACGAUAAUGAUAAUUACCGUUGUAGAAAAAAAGCUCGAGAUCAGACUGCAAUAGGCAGAGAACGAUCGUGUCAUUUUUUAGGUGUGAUUUGUAAGUCUUGUACAUAAAAAAACGUAAUAAUAAAAAAAAGCGCAACACAUUCCAUUUACACUCAACGUUCUUGAUUCAAGAAUCAUAAAGGGUGUAGUGAUAGCGUAUAAUGGCGUGAAAGUGUUUAUUUACAACGAGGGUACACAUGUAAGUAGAUGCAAAUAUACACGGGAACAUAAAUUUGUAUUUUUUAACAAGUAUUUUUGUAUGAAAGACGAGGGAGAAUUGAUAUUAAGAGAGUUUUUGAUCCAUUGACAAAAUUUCAAAAUAAACAUUUUUUUCAGAAUAUUAUAAAAAAAGAUUUAGAAUAAAUUUCUGCAUAUUUAAUCUGAAAAAAUUAGUUAUUAAAAUUAUUUUAAAAAUUUAAUUGAACUCUAAAUUAAUUACUGUUAAUUUAAAUUAAAAUUUUUAAAAUAAUAAUCAAUUAUUUAAUUUUUAAAUAUUUUGUUUUUACUGAAAGUUUGAGAUAAUGUCAUAGGAUUAAAAAUUCUUUUAAAAAAAUAGUGACCAAUCAGGAACAGAUAAAUAGACACGUUGUUUAUUUUAUUUUUUUUUAUAUAUAAAUGGUGAAUGAAUUUUGUCAUCGCGCGAUUUGUUAAAAAUCUUUAUUAUAAAUGUUAAACUGGACGAUUGGUUACGUUAUAUAAAUAAAUGUUUUUUUUUUAAUAUAGAAUACGCUCAGAAUAUUAUUGAUCGGCCACGUAAAGAUUAUUGUACAUUUUCUUUUAUUAAGUAAUAUCAGGUGCCUCGGCGAAUUGUUCGAUAAACAAAUGAUUGUUUAGGUUUAUUUUGAUUGUUAUAUUAACAUCACAAUAUGAUAGAAGUCAAUGAAAAAAAAAUGUAAAUUUAUUAACUGCUGAAAUUAAUUCUUUAAAAAAAUAUAUUUUUUUGAAUAUUAAAAAGGAGCUUGAAAACAUAAUAUAAUGAGAACGAUGCGCUGUUGUACCUUAUGCACAAAUAAUUAUAUAAAUACUUGUUGAUGAAUUUCUUGUUAAAAUUGACUUCGAUCUGGGCAGGGAUCCAGAGUAUUCAAUUAAUAUAAUAAUUAUAAUAUAUCAGUAUUUUGUGAGUUGACAAAAUAAUAAUUGUUAAUAUAUUGUGCAAAUAUUGAUACCGUCCAAGAAUAUAUUUUUAAGGAUAACAAAUAAGUUUUCCCUGUACCCAUAUCGACCAGAGAAACACGAUUACAAGAGAUGUACAUAUACUAUACGUAUAAUUAAACAAACAAAACAAAACAAAUAUACAAAGAGAAAGAGAAUAUAAUUAUAUUAAAAGUGUAUGUAUAUUCAGACUUAUAUUUUAAUGACAGAUAAAACUUAUUUAUAUGACUGAA